UGUGCUGCAGGAAACUGAGCCAGCACUUUUGAAUCUGGUUUGUUUCCUCUGUUUGACAAGAGAGACCUCACCAACAGCAUCCUGUAUCUAUGCACACAGUAUAGUACCGCUGACACUUGUUAGGCUGCUGUUUGGCUCCAUUUCAGAUUAUCUAGAGACGAGAAACUGCAGAAAAUAAAUGUUUAAGAAGGAGUAUCAAGGUGGUACUCAUGUGGAAGUGCUUAGUGCUCAGGGUCGAGAUCCUCUUGCACCGUGGAAACUGACAGGCUCUGUGAGCAGGAAGUAUGUCAAGGAUGUUCGCAGCUAUGUGGUUAUCAUGGAGGGAGGGCCCUCGACGACCAACACCAGGAUGCAGUUACCCAAGACUGACAAGGCCUCUUUGGGCCUGGUGCAGCCAUACUUAGUGUUCCAGUUCAUGGUGCCAGAUGGAGCUCGGGUAGCCAUUGAUCUUGGUGUAGUGGACAGCAGUGGGAGUCGCAGGAGGAUACAGAUGUCCACUUCUCAGAGGGAGAUAGCGGUCACGCCUCUAAAUGCCAGAGUACCAUUAUCUGGUGUUAUCAUAGGACAGUGGGUAAACCUGUGCAUUGACCUUGGCUCCCUAGUGAGUGGCCUCUUCAAAGCACAGUCGUACAAGUCCCUGGAGGGGGUCUCUAUUGGGGGAAGCUGCAUAAUUCGCCGUGUUUUUACCCUCAAAUCUUCACCUCCGGACACCACUGGUACUGAAGUGAGCCCGCCAUUCGAGGAAAUUCCACGAGCUUAUCAAAUGCCCACCAGUGUGGCCACUGCUCAGACACAGGUGAUAUCCUAUGCAAGUGUGAGCUGUCCAUCAUAUGACAAACCAACCAGUACAGAUGGCACUGUUAGUACCGUGGGCUCAUCUUCUUCUGAGAACAUGGUUACUGCUGAUGAACGUCCUACUCACAUUGCAUUUGGAAAGAAAUUUACAAUUCCAGACCAUAUAUUGGGAUCAAAACCGUCCAGUAGAUCUGCUCUGUCUAGCCGAACGUCCUCAAUUGACAGUGCCAGAAGUGUUAGGGAAAUGACACUGGUUGAUGGUCAGAGCUUCCAGCCACGACCACCAUCUAAGCCAGCAGACCCUGCAAUGCUCAGAGUGCAAAAGAAAAGAGUUAGAAUGAUCAGUGGAGGAAAGAAAAAGCCUGAAGCUAUGUUGCAGGUGUCGAAAACUGUACCUAGCUCCACGUCCGUUGACAGUGGCUUUCAAACUGGUGUCAGUGAGACUAUCUCUAGUAAGAGUACUGCAUAUUCUGAUUCUGUUAAAACUGGACAUACUGGCAGUAGUUUAACGACUGAACAACAAUCAAUAGAAGAUUAUCUCGAUCAAGAUGUGCACUUGGCUCUUGAUGUUUUGAAGUACAAGGACAAUGCCCAAGAUAACUACAUGGACAACACUUCAAGCAAAGCGAAUCAAAUUAGUGGUCUAAAUGCAAGUGGGAUUUCAGAGGAUUAUUCAGAUGAAUCACAAAUGCUAAACACCAGUGUGACUAGUAACAUGAAGCAGUUGGAUCUGGACAACUCUGUAGAUGAGGUGCUCUACUUGUAUCGAUCCUUGCCCCGAUCAGCAGAGAGGAAGCAAUCCGACUUCAAAGACAGUAAACACAUUUUGGAGUCUCUAGAGGGUGGUCGAAGUGCUGACCUGGAGGCUGACUUUGUGUCACCAGUCAAAGAAGCCAACCCUAAGUCAUCGAUACUGUUUGCACCUCCUGUUGUUGAGGUCAGGCUAAGAUCCUCUCAACAGAAGGAUGGCAGCACGCCAAUGACACCAGGAAAUCAAAACAGUGGUAGUCCCCCUCAUGACCAGCUAAACGAGACAAGGCUAUCUGAUGACUAUGAUUGGCGGCAGUAUGCUAGCGUCGAUGACACAGACCUGACACAGUCUGAGCAGUCAUUGAGAACUCGGCUAGCCAAUGCAGUAUCAUUAGAGCAAGGGAUACCUCAAGAAUUCACCGUAGGACCACUAAAACCAGAUUCAGAAAUAGAGGCCACUCUAUCUGGCAGCGUGACUCUGAGUGGCUGGACUGAGAAGUUUAAAGAUGCUGCAAUAAAUCCGCUACAUGAUUCCUUGGAUACACGUGACAUGGGAGGAAUGCUAAGUCCUUUGUCAGGCACGCUCACUGAAGAACCAGACUUUGUCAGAGACCCUGAAAAAGCAACCACUGAAGGAGAGGAACUUGAAUUAAUGUAUGACCCUCAGUUAAAUUGUUUUUAUGACCCAGUUACAGGUAAAUACUAUGAGCUAGCACAGUAACGAAUUUUCUUGUAUAACCACAUUCAUUGUUAUAAUUUGAUUUGCAUGAUGAAGUGAUUAUUGUUAUGUACACAUGCAACUGAAUCAGUUUUCUUGUGAAGUGACA